CUUCAGUAAAGCACCAGAAAUAAUGUUGUCAAAAGUGAUGCUUGGUGUCAUCCUGUCCCUCCUCAUCCUUCUGACUGUGGGUGGUAAUGUGCUGGUGUGUCUAGCUGUCUGCGCCUCACGACGCCUCCGCUGCCUCACUAACUGCUUCAUUGUGUCACUGGCGGUGACAGACCUCCUGCUCGGUCUCUUGGUCCUCCCAUUCUCUGCUCUCCUCCAGCUCAGCAGCGAGUGGCCGCUUGGCCCAGUCUUCUGCAACUUCUAUAUCUCCAUGGAUGUCAUGCUGUGCACGGCCUCUAUUCUAACGCUGCUCGCCAUAAGUGUGGACCGCUACAUGGCAGUGACUAUGCCUCUGAGAUAUGCUUCUCUAGUGUUACCAUGGAGAGUUGCUGUAGCCUUAGUUAGUGUCUGGACGGUGUCAGUGGCUGUGUCUUUCUUGCCAAUUCAAAUGGGAUGGAACACUGUAAAUGGAACAGUGCAGAAUCACGGGCCCUGGGCUUCUAAGGGUAAAUGUCGUUUUGAGUUAAACAGGCCUUAUGUACUGACAGACUCUCUUCUUACCUUUUAUCUGCCUCUGUUGGCUAUGUGCUGGACAUACCUUAAGAUACUUCAGAUAGCUCGUGCACAGGCCAAGCGUAUUAUCAGGACCCGACCUAUUCGCAUCACCACUUACAAUUGCAAGAACAGCCCUUCCACAAAGACGACUCUGGUUUCUGGAGUUACAGCUGUGGCGCUAAAAGACCACAAAGCAACACUGACAUUGGCGGCAGUGAUUGGGGCUUUUGUUGUUUGUUGGUUGCCUUAUUUCAUAUUAUUCACAGUGCUGGGUCUAAAGGAGCAUACAGACCCUGCCAUAGUACCAGAAUUCUCUAUUGUUUUGUGGUUGGGAUACGCAAACUCGGCCCUGAAUCCUGUAAUCUAUGGAGCCCUCAACAGGGACUUCAGGUCAGCUUACGCCCAACUACUGAGAUGUCGUUUCUCUACUUACAGUGGCUGGAAAAGUCAGCAAUCAUCUCCCACUUUUACGGCAGCAAGAAAGCAGCUAACAGAGGUGACACUACUAUGUAAUCAGACCAAUACCAUCAGUGCUGUAGCAAUAACAACUCAAAACCUCAAUCUUCAAGACCUCAACACUGAUGGAACUGCUCCAGCCACUCACUCUACAAAUGACACAGCUACCACAUAUGUCAGUGGCCACCAGGGUGAUUCAAGUCUGUGCUGAGCUUCAGCUCACUGUACACCCCUGAUCCAGUAUUAAUCAGUCUGCAGGAAACAGGCAACACAAAUGGACGGAGAUGUUACAACCCCCAGCAUAGUCUUUGCCACUGCAUAACCAACCAUAAUGCCACAUCUAAUACUGAGCAAAGAAAAGAGAACCCAAGACCUCAACAACCCCAGACCUCAUCAGUAAGAAUCAAUGUGCCCUCACAGCAGGAUGUCAUAUGAAAAGUACUGAAGCUUUGCAAGAAUACAUGACACCAGCCAAUUAGUUUGCAGAUCACAACAUCGAUGGAUCGUUAAUUUGUGGGAAAUUUUUUAUCCUGACGCCAGACUGCACUCCAGUGGAAAUAUGAAGUACGACAUCUCCAGCUUCAAAAGAACAUUGCAUGCAUGUUCUCUUACAGUAAUCAAAUAAGAGAGGGAAAGUCAUGAACAGAUUUCUUGAGUGAAUGGGCCUAUGAGUUGAAUCUGCAGCACACAAUGUAAUAUUAUGUUUGUUUUGAAAAAAAUAUAUACUAUCCGUCCCUGCCUCAUUCUUGUUAAUGCUGUUGCAUGCGUUUGACAAAUGUAUGUAUCACACUGAUAUAUAAACACUACCAGUGACUUUUAAUACACUGUAUGUGGUGUUUACAUUAAAAAAGUAAUAAAAAAGUGUGUUCAUGCCAAUAAAUACAUUCUACAAUACUGUUUUU